AUGUCGGCAUCUACACCCCAAAGGACCUCUCUGCGUCAGGGCCUACGCCAGGCCCCAAAGGUCAACCAACCCUUCAUCCCGGACACAACGUCUGGUCGCCGCUCGCAUCAUCAGAGCUUCACAUCUCCACAGCCAUCGAUGUCCCCCCAUGCAACCCUCAACCCGGCAGCUAACCCCCAGAGCGCCUCUUUCGCAGUCGAAAGUUGGGAUGGGAAGGUCCAGACACAGCUCCCGAUGUCUACGCGCGAAGUACCAACCCCAGGCAACCGACCCGCUCUGUUCGCCAGUCUUUAUGACCGCACCAAAUUUGCCAAGCCACCCGAUUUCUAUGACCCGUACUUUCCAUUGAGAUUCUUGGAAGUCCCUCGCACGGACCACAUUUACAAGCGUGCCCAUUAUGGUCUCCAAUCUGGCAUUCCUGACGAAGUCGACUUUGCUUUAUACCAUCUGGUUCAAAUUUCCAACCAGCGUUGGGAUAAGUUUAAAUUCGAGGGGUUCCCAUUACUUGCCGAGUCUCUCAUGCAGAAAGCUUUAGACAUCACCUAUCUUUGUACUGGAGUGCGUUGGGAGUUCGACUAUGAUCCUCGACAACGAUCCGAUCGCGUCAAUGUGUUGAAUUCAAUCCAUGGAACUCGGAAUAUCUUCGACAAGAUCCGGAAAAUCCCUACAAACAUCCCGACAGAUACACUUGAGACAACAGAGUUCAACCACACGCUCCGAAAUAUCAAGGAGGCGACUCUCGUGUUGAGGAAUAUGGUAUUGCUGAAGGAGAACGCCUUUUAUGUGUCACGUUAUGCCAGCGGCCUCCUCAGAGACUUCCUGGUCAUUAUGAUGAAUGCGCCAAACCAACCGCGUCUGAAUGAAAUCAAGAAUGAUGCACUUGAUAUUGCUGAAGAAGUCACCAAGUUCAUGAGGACCGACCCCCAGGAUCCACUUUGGAUUUCGUUGGUCAACUGCCUCGAUUCACCUGAUCGUGCACAUAUCGUGAGGGCUCUCUGGGCUUUGACUCACUUCUCCACCGAGUUGAAUGAGGCAGACGCGAACAGGGCCAUGGAGAGCUUAUCCAAACCCACUUUACAACAAUUGUACUACCACACACUUCUGGAUCUCGACAAGGACAUUCUGAGUGGUGCGCUGGAUUUCUGGUACCAAUAUACGCUCAGUCACGACAACAUCGAGACUUUGAUGGAUGUCAUCAACUUCCCGAUUGUCUUUGUACCACGUAUGGUCGCCCUUCUCACCUACGAGGCCCGUCCGAUGAAGAAGGAAACGGUUCUGCAGGAAGAAAAGAUUGCACCACCACCAUCCGACAUUCCCCGUGUGCCCCCUGAGCUCUUGGAGAAAUUGAUGGAGCUUUCAGAACCGGAGCGUAGCUCGCAAUGGCUGCGGUGCUGCUUUGUUGAAGAUGCGGACUGCGAGAUCACGCAGAUUGCGCUGUGGCAAGCCUACCAAAGCCGUUUUGCCGACCCGCGAGUCCCUGGCGGAGGUGUUCUUCCCGCUGCAGAAUUCAUCAAAAAUGUCAGCAACACAUUCACGAACGCGCAGGCUCAGGUGAUUAACGGUCCGGGCACGGCGACCAAAUUCAUCAUCAAGGGAAUUCGACCCUUGGAGACCGCCUACACGUUCGAUGCCUUUCCGUACCUAUACUGCAAGUGGGCAGAUAACUCGAAGCCCUCUCAGACGUGCCAGCGCGCAUUUACCUCGCCCGCCGAUCUCCGCAAUCACGUCUUUGCGGACCACAUGAACCUGGAAGCCGCGGACACUCCUGGCGAAUUCAAGAUGGAAGGAGCUGAGACACCCAUCCACACCUGCCAGUGGGAUGGCUGCACGCGGUUCCGCGCUUCCGGCCCCAGCACUAACACGGCGAUGGUUGCUGGCCACGUCUCUUCUCAUUUGCCCGAAGACCGCCCUGCUGACGCUGAGCCUCCGAGCACCAAGCGUGCUAUUCUCCAGGAAAGAAUUGUGCGCAAGUGGUUCUACAUGGACACCCCGGUGAAUGACAAGGGUGAGCCUAUCGGGGUCGCUUACAAGGCUGCCCUGGUCCUGCGUAACAUCGCUAGAGGUCUCCCCCAGCGGGUCGCUACGAAAUACGGUGGCGUGUCAUGGAAGAAGGCAUGCUUCUUAAGCCAACGUCCCAAGAUCGUGGAGGUUUGGGACCGGAACCGUGCUCUCCGCAAGGAGCUGACUGAGCUUAUCAUGGUCAUGGAGAAGGAGGAUGACUACUGA